GAAACUCCCGAAUAAGUUUGCUGUGCUUAAAUUUGAAGAGUACAAGAUAAUAAAAAGCGCCUUUUUUUCCUUUACUGACUUUUUCUUUCUUUUUUUUAUAAACAAAAGGGGGGCAUAUAAAUAUGGACACAGUAUUAUAUAUUGCAGAUCAUUAUGUGUUUGAUACGCUCUAUGCCAAAGUCUGGCCUUCCUAUACAAAGACAAUUGCUGGUCAUGUCGUUUCUUCUUGGCCUCGAGACGAUUUUUGGAGAGUGAACCUGUCGGUCUAUCUGAUUACUUUAACCUUUGGUAACAUUCUCUAUUUCUUGACUGCUACACUUUCCUACUACCUUGUCUUUGAUCAUGACUAUAUGAAGCAUCCCAAAUUUUUGAAGAACCAGAUUAAAAUGGAAAUUGAAUGUGCUCUUAGUGCCAUGCCUUGGAUGACUUUGUUUACUCUCCCUUUUUUCACUGGUGAAAUUUAUGGUAAAUCCUUAUUGUACGGUGGCAUGCCAAAGACUGCUUAUGACUGGCUUUACUUGAUCAUUUCUAUACCUUCUUUUUUAUUUUUUACUGAUUGUGGUAUUUACUGGUUUCAUCGCUGGAUGCAUCACCCAAGAGUAUACAAGUAUCUUCACAAGUUACACCAUAAAUGGGUUAUUCCUACCCCUUUUGCUUCACAUGCUUUUAACCCCUGUGACGGUUUCCUUCAGUCGCUUCCAUAUCACUUGUAUGCCUACAUGAUCCCUAUUCACAAGUAUUUGUAUCUCGGUCUGUUUGGAUUUGUCAACCUGUGGACGGUCAUGAUCCAUGAUGGUGAAUUCGUCUCUCAUUCUGAGAUUAUUAAUACUAGUGCCCAUCACUUUGUCCAUCAUGUUUACUUCAACUACAACUAUGGACAAUACUUCACCUUUUGGGAUCGUCUCGGAGGAUCUCACAGACAGCCUACAGAAGAACAGUAUGACAAAACUCUCCGUGAUGACCAUAAAGUGAUGGCACGUCAAGCUUUUGAUGCUGAUGAGAUUGAAGGGGAAACAUUGGGUGUAAAGCCAAAAUACAAAUAAUUUAUAUCUUUUGUAUAUUAGAUACAUUAUCAUUUACUAAUUACAUAAUCAUUCGACAUUUCUUUUUCUUACCCCCACUUUUUUUUACUCAUUAUAUACACUUAAUACCUCAUUACUUGCAAUAAUACUCUAAUAACAAUUGUAGAAAGAAAAAGAGAUUUUUUUAAAAAAAAUAAAGUACAAUAUUACUAAAUCAGGAAAAAGAUGUUCCAAUAGCUAUGAAUUCAAUUAAUCCUUGUGGAUUGCUAUACACAGUUUUAAUACUUUCCUAUAGCAAUUUUGGCAUAAUGAAGUUGUAUGCUCUGCGUCAUCUUUAAAUAAAGGGCAUAUUCUGAACCUGGUUAGUUUGGAGCGUACUGACCAGAUUCAGAUAUGGUAAUGAUUUAUG